AUGGCCACAACAAAACUGGUAUUAGAUGCAGAAAUUGCUCAAGCUAUAUAUCAGUACCUUAUUUUGACGGGUCUCAGUAGUGCAGCGAACACAUUUCAACAUGACUGUGAAUCGCGCAGAGUGAAAUUAAAGCGAAUGUCGCCAGUGAACAACAAGAAAAGGGUGGAAGAAUACGCCGUGCAGAAGAAAAAAUUACUGUUGCAUUUUGAACGAGGUGAAAGCACGCAAUUCUUAGCCAUCUGGAAUGAACUCUUUCCAAUCAUAAGGGACAGCGAGCGGGAUGAGGCAAUAGACGUACUUGAAUGCUAUAUACGCAUUUAUUUUGCUACAUUUCCACUGCGGAAAUCACCUCCAGCGAGAAAUGAAUAUCGUGAGAAGAUCGUGGAUUUGAAGAAUUAUUUAGAAGAAGGGGCCGGCUCUAAGUUGAGUGAUACGCCCGAAUUAGUGCAAUAUUUCGCGUUACCAUACGUCAAUGAACCAGGCAAACAUCCAGUUUUCAAGGAGCUUGUUCAGAAAAAAUGGGCCAAAGGAAUUUUGGAGAAGUUGGAGCGAUAUUUAAGCCGGCAACCACUAAACGACGGUGAAGCGAAGCUGAUCAAAUGGAUGGCAGCUUACUAUCAGUACGCAGAGCAACAAACGCAAAGCAAUAGAGGAUGUUCACUUCUGGAAGCACCGCAUUGUUCAGAUCGGACUGUGUUGGAGUAUUGUGAACUACAGGAUGAUUAUUAUAAGUUAAUUGAUAUUGCUGCAGAGCUGAUUGAUUGCUUGGAGCAAUCGUGUCAGGGCAGAACAAUCACUGCUGAAUAUUUUGCGGAUAUUUCGUCGCGUUUAAUGGAGUCGAAUACCGAGGCUGAGCGUCGAAUGCAGAAGAGUGCAGCCGGAAGUGCAAAAGCGCGAGUCAAACGAGAUCGUUCACUAAGAGUUCGUGGUGAUUAUAACAAUACUACAAAGACGUCAAAAAAGAAGGAAACUUCAGCGAUAAAAAAGAGCGACUCUACCGGUACCGAAGAUAUGACAGUCGAAGAUAUGACAGUCGAAUUAAUCACACAACUGAAUUAUACAAAAAUCGCAAAUCAACUAAUUAAGAAUACGACCAGCAGAUUGAGUGUAUUGUUGCUUCAUGCAAUUCGACAGGUUUGCCAAUUAACAGCGACGAGCUAUUUUCAGCAGCUCACUCGAGCCAAUAAAGGCACAGCCGAACGUUCGCUUGAGAUGUUCGCCAAGAAGGACAUUCUCUUGCUGAAGCAUCGACGCAAUAGUGUCGUAGCGGCGGUCGUUAGCCAAACAGAAACGGACAGCUGGGCGAUAAAGGAGGAAUUGGCGAGACUGUUGAACGCGUUCGCGUCGUUUCGUAUCGGUCGUGAUUAUUUGGUGUCAGUGAAUCAAGGUCGAGAACUACUGACGUUAGUGACAGCUGCACUCAAGAGUAAACGACUUCAGCAUCAUGCCAGUGAUCACAGUUUAGCUGUGCUGCAAAAACUGAGUGUUAGAUCAAGUGUGCAAAAAGAGUUGAUUGCACAAGGAAUGUUGGAGUGGUUGGCAUACGUAUUGGACAAUAAGGUCAGUGCGUUUGCUCUGGAAUAUGGUUGUGCGUUGCUCAUGAAUUUAUGCCUAAAUCCAGCAUCUAGUUCUGCAUUAACUCGAGUCUCAAUUCCACUUCUCAAUACUGUAUCAGCAUUGCUGAAAAACAAUAAUAAAGAGAUUUGUAAGUAUAUUAACGGUGUUUUGUAUGGUAUUAUGUGUGUAGGAAGACUGAGAGCUCGUGCCAAGGAAACGGAUUUAGAGACGAGAAUAAAGACGAAAUUAGAUGACGCACAUUGUGAGGAUGACAUGCUUCAACUACCAGUAUUACUGAAAUUAUUUAAUUCAGGUUUAGUUUGA